UCUGUGACACAAAUGAACAUUGAACACGUCAAAAUUAGUUUUUUCCCAGCUAAUAAUACUAUGUUUUGAAAAUGAAUUUGUUGAUAUUAUUGCGAUUUUGGAGUGCUUAGUACAUUUUUUGAUUAAUAAAUGUGUAAAUUUUAGUGCGUGGAGUUUUAAAAAGACGCCAAAAUGAAGGCAAUACUUGCAACUGUGAUUAGUCUUGCGCUCACUACUAUCGUUAUCGGAAAUGCCUAUUAUCAAAAGAAACAAUUCUAUCCUUCAAUAGUUUACUUAACAAAUUCGAAUCCAAGCAUGGCUGUAAUGUACUUGCAAGCUUUUAUUUUAGUUUUAUUGGUAGGUAAACUGUUAAGAAAGAUAUUCUUUGGACAACUGCGUCCUGCAGAGUUUGAGCAUUUAAUAGAAAGAUCUUGGUAUGCAAUCACAGAGACUUGCCUGGCAUUUACAGUAUUUAGAGAUGAUUUUAAUCCAAAAUUCAUAGCCUUGUUUACAUUGCUACUGUUUUUGAAAGCAUUCCACUGGCUUGCAGAAGAUAGAGUAGACUAUAUGGAACGUAGUCCAGUAAUUGGCUGGAUAUUUCACAUCAGGAUUCUGAGCUUGCUGAAGCUGUUGGCACAUGCUGACUUCUACUUUAUUUACCAUGCAUACCAAUUCACAGCAUCAAAAGGGCCAUCUGUUCAACUAGUGUUUGGAUUUGAAUACAGCAUUCUUAUUAUAAUGAUUGUGAAUAUACUGAUAAAGUAUGUUCUACAUGCUAUUGACUCAAGAUGGGAGGCACCAUGGGAGAGCAAAGCAGCUGUUCUACUUUACACAGAACUAGCCAUAAACUUCCUCAAAGUGCUUCUGUACAUGGGAUUUGUGGCUGUAAUGGUUCGAAUUUACACCUUGCCACUAUUUGCGUUCCGUCCCAUGUAUGAGACUAUGAGGAGUUUCAAAAAGGCAUACAAUGACGUGGUUUUGUCUCGACGCGCUAUACGUAACAUGAACACGUUGUACCCCGACGCGACUGCCGCCGAACUUGCAGCCGCCGACAACGAGUGUAUUAUAUGUCGCGAGGAAAUGCACACUGGUGCGAAGAAGCUUCCAUGCAACCACAUAUUCCACGCGGCGUGCCUGCGGCUGUGGUUCCAGCGGCAGCAGACGUGCCCCACGUGCCGCCUCAACGUGCUGCGCGCGCCCGCCCCCGCCCCCGCCGCCGCCGCCGCCGCCCCCGCGGGCGCCGCCCCCGCCCCCGCCGGCCCCGGGCCCGGCGCGGCCGCGGGGGCGGCCCGGGCGCCCGCCGCGCCGCCCCAGCCGCCGCCCGCGCCCGGCGUCGGGACCGCGGUGCCGCCGCCCUUCCCUAACAUGCCGCCACCACCGAUGAUGGCGUGGGGCAUGCCUCCGCCGCCGCCCCCGCGGCCCGCGUCGCUGGCCAACCUCUCCACCGCCGAGCUGCAGCGCAUGGAAGGAAACGAACGCAGGAACAUCGAGGCCCGACUGCAGUUGCUCCGUGAGAUUGAAGCUAUGUUGGACGCGUCCGUACUCCUCAUGCAACAGUACUCGGCUGUGGUGGCGAACCUACCACAGAACAGCAUUACUAUCGGGACCCAGACAGAAGCAGUUAAAUCAGAGUCGACUUCAGAACCAUCGCCGUCAAACGUGAAGGUGGAGCCAGAUGUGGUGCCGACCACAUCCACCAGUCAAAAGCCAACUCCUACGUCACCACAGACCACUCUGCAGCCGGAUGAAUACAUACCUGAGAGCGCAGCCCCUUCUAGUUCUAGUAGAGACAAGACUGAUGCCGACACUGAGGAACUGAGAAGACGUCGACUGCAGAAAUUUACUGUCGAUAAAUGAGCUUGUUCGUUAUGGAUAUAA